CCACUGAGCUUUUCCAUGCGGAGUCAUAUAGCGGCGCACUCCGCCUUCUCCUUCCUUUUCUCUCCGUGGCCGCCAUCAAGAAGCAGCGAGGAGCCGGCGGUCAGCAUGGCCUGCGCUCGUCCUUUGAUAUCUGUGUACUCCGAAAAGGGGGAAUCUUCUGGCAAAAAUGUCACUCUGCCUGCCGUAUUCAGGGCACCAAUUCGCCCAGAUAUUGUCAACUUUGUCCACACCAAUCUGCGCAAGAAUAACAGGCAGCCCUAUGCUGUGAGCAAGCUUGCUGGUCAUCAGACUAGUGCUGAAUCAUGGGGUACUGGACGGGCUGUUGCCCGUAUUCCUCGUGUCCGCGGAGGUGGAACUCACCGCUCUGGCCAGGGUGCUUUCGGAAAUAUGUGUCGUGGAGGGCGUAUGUUUGCUCCAACCAAGACCUGGAGGCGCUGGCAUCGUAGAGUCAAUACAACCCAGAAGCGUUAUGCUAUCUGCUCUGCUGUGGCAGCUUCUGGUCUUCCUGCUCUAGUUAUGUCUAAAGGCCACCGUAUUGAGGAGAUCCCAGAAGUACCCCUUGUUGUUGAGGACAAAGUUGAAAACUACAAAAAAACAAAGGAAGCAGUCCUGCUACUAAAGAAGCUUAAAGCUUGGAAUGACAUAAAGAAGGUGUAUGCAUCUCAGCGCAUGCGUGCUGGCAAGGGUAAGAUGAGGAACAGACGUCGCAUCCAGCGUAGAGGGCCUUGCAUCAUCUAUAACGAAGACAAUGGCAUUAUCAAAGCCUUCAGAAAUAUCCCAGGAAUCACUCUUCUGAAUGUAAGUAAACUGAACGUUCUGAGGUUGGCUCCUGGUGGUCAUGUUGGAAGAUUCUGCAUCUGGACAGAAAGUGCUUUCCGCAAACUGGAUGACCUUUAUGGCACAUGGCGCAAAGCAGCCACUCUAAAGGCAGACUACAACCUUCCCAUGCACAAGAUGACAAACACAGAUCUGGGCAGAAUCCUGAAGAGUCAGGAAAUCCAGAAAGCACUGCGUGCACCAAUCAAAAAGGUGAAGCGCAGAGAGCUUAAGAAGAACCCACUGAAGAACUUGAGGAUCAUGAUGAGACUGAACCCAUAUGCCAAGACAGCUAAACGUAAUGCCAUCCUGCGCCAGGCUGCAAAUAUAAAGGCUAAAGAGACAAAACCAGUCAAGGUUAAGAAACCAAUCAAGAAGAAGCCUGUAAAGGAGGAGAAACCAGCCAAGUAAUACAAUGUAUCCACUGCGGUUCAGUGUUGGAUGGCACUUUGAAUUUACUCCGAAUAAAAUCUGUUUAAAAA